AGAAAACCCAUCCUCUUGACACAAAGUACAUACACAUCAAAACCCUUCUUAGUUCAUCCCUUUCACAUUCAAAACUCUCCAAAAACUCUCUCUCACUCUCUUCAACCCCCAACUCCCUUUCUACACUCUUUCUCUGUCAAACUAAAGAAACAGUUUCCAUUCAUCAGUGUUAGACAUGAAGACCCACCACAGUGAGCAUCAUCAGAUGAUAACCAUGAACGUUGAAACAAAGCCUACCGGUGGUGGCGGCGGCGGUGGCGGCGAUGGUUCGAGCAUAGAGAUCGUACGACGGCCACGUGGCAGACCACCGGGAUCAAAGAACAAACCUAAACCGCCGGUGAUCAUAACCCGUGACGCUGACCCACCAACGUCGAUGCGGGCACACGUCAUCGAGAUCAACGCCGGCCAUGACCUCGUUGAAGCCAUCGCCGACUUCUCACGGCGCCGUGAUAUCGGUGUUUGUGUCCUCGCCGGCUCCGGCGCCGUCUCCAACGUCACUCUUCGUCAGCCGCCGCCUCCUACUUUGCAGCCACCGCCGGUUGGACCAGCCGCCACCGUUGUAUUCCGUGGUCGUUUCGAGAUCUUGUCUCUCUCCGCGACGGUGUUUCCGCCGGCGACGACGGCGUUACCGGCGCCGGCGCUGUCGGUUUCACUAGCUGGACCACAUGGGCAGAUUGUCGGUGGGAUUGUUGCUGGGCCGUUGAUGGCGGCGGGGACGGUGGUGCUCGUCGCCGCUGGUUUCUCUAACCCUACUUUCCAUCGUCUUCCGCCGGACGCCGAUGAGGUUCCGAUCACCGCCGUUGGCACGGCGGUGGUGAACUCACCGGAGACUUGUGGUGGCAUGUCUAUCUAUAAUAGUCACGUGGCUUCUGACGUCAUCUGGGCUCCGGCUCCACGUGCACCACCACCACCUCCUCCUCCUUUCUAA